AUGGGCCCCUACGCCCUACAGAAGUUUGUGGUGGAUUGGUAUGUUGGCAAGGAGCCUGUGGUAGGCAGUGGGCAGCUGGGGCUUCCCCUGGACCAGCAGAGACUGACUAUCCACCAGGUGACCCGGAAUGAUUUAGGACCUUAUCAGUACAAGGUCAAGAACCCUGCCAUCGGGCUUCCCUGCUUCAUAGUCGAGUUCGACCUCACCCUCUCCUGCUCCACCAUGUGCAACCCUCCAGCCCAGUACUCAUGGAUGAUCAGUGGGAACCCAGGGCCCUCUGAGAGAGUCAUAGCUAUCAGGUGGUUCAGAAACAGUGAUGUCUUUUCCAAUGCGGGCCGAGGGGAGCUGUCCCCAGACCACAGGCUCCUCACCCUCCGGAACAUUACAAGGAAUGACACCGGGCUCUACCAGUGUGAGGCCAGCAAUUCUGCCACUUCCAGCCUCAGCAACCCCCUCCCUGUAAAUGUGAAUUAUUGUCCUGAUGUCCCGGUGAUAAACCCCAUGGACUCUACCUUUGUGGUUGGCUCCAACCUCACCCUCUCCUGCUUUGCCAACUCCAACCCACCUGCUGAGUACGCAUGGAGGGUGGAUGGGAGUCCAGGGGCAGCAGGGCAGCUCCUCUCCAUCCUGGAUAUCACGCUGAACAGCUCAGGGCUGUACAGCUGCCAUGCUGUCAACGCAGACACAGGCCUUCAGAGUAUGGCCCAGCGGGUGGUCCACAUCAAAGAUGCCACAUCUGAGAAUGACCAGGGCCCAGCAUUCUAUGGACCACACAUCCCUGGAGGGGGCUUCGCUGAUAUCGUGCUUGAAAUGGUGGUUGGUAUUGCUCUGAUGGCCACUGUGGCCUAUUUCCUGGGCUUCGUGAGGGACCAGAUCCAGACAAUUCAACGUGGAGUCAUUAUCCAGAAGGCCAGAUACCACCCCAAUAUUCACCACUUGGACGUGGAGUCAUGA